AUUGUUCUAAUCGUUCUAAUUCGUCACGUUUUUACAUGUUUGCUGUCACGCUGCGUUGUGGAGAGUUUGGUUUUACCCCCAGAAGAUCAAUAAAAUUUACAACCUCCAGACGUCGUGCAACAAAUCCGCCAAAAUGGGAAAUUAUUUCACCGUCAACAUGGAAGAGAAUUUCAAGCGCAAUCAAGACUUUAUCACCGAAAUGAACACCAUUAAAAUCGAGCGUCAGGUACAAAUCAGGAAACAAAUGCGGGACCGUCUGGUGGCGCUGGAAAUAGCGAAGGCUCGUGAACUGUUUUUCUGGUACGGCUCGUUCUAUUUGCUCAGCCUUGCGGGAGCAAUAGUGGGUUACAGAAGCUUGCCUUAUAAGAGAAAACUGAUAUCGUUGCUUCCGAUGGUGCCCCUGACCUUCGUGGUGGCGUAUCAAGCCGAUCUGGCUUACGGCAACAAAAUUCACCGAAUUUUGGUCGAAGCUGAACAUAUAAUGCAGUUUGAGCAGGAGCUUCUAGCCUUACCUUUGGGGAUUCCCACAGCGGCGUCAAUUGACUUGGGGAGGAUGCAAAAGGACGAAUCAAAGAAGUUGCAUCCUUUGCUACCACAAACAUAAUCAGUGUCAAGCGUGGUUGCAGUUUUCGAAUUUUCUGAAUCGUCAGUUCACUGUUGCCAGUUUGGCCUUUCUAACUUCUUGAAAUGAAAUUUCCUGUCAAUUUUCCGGUGAUCACUGUUGAAGGUUAAUAAAACAUCACUAAAAAUAAUAA